CCCGCUCUGGGUAGCUCCAGCUGACGUCAUUGCAACAGCGACGCAGAAGAUUUACGCGACAGCCUGCGCCUCUUAGAUCCCAGCGGUCAUUGCGGCCGGCAGGCUUUACGGCUUGGGUGUGGCUGCUCUUUCACAUAUGCGUGGUGAGGUCUCCGAUUCAGCUUGUUGGAGGGUCAGGUUGCGCUCAGACCUCUGCCCCAACCCUCAGGCCAGGCCUUCUAAGUGAGUCUCGCAGGAGGUGGUGUCCAGCGGGGACUUGUGUGGGAGAAGUGAAGUAAGGUGGAGUUCUCUGCUACCAAUGAGGCUUCAAUAAACCAGUGAAAUGACUCUUCAGGAAUUGGUACAUCGGGCUGCCUCCAUUUAUUCAGAUAAAAUAGCUGUAUGUUUUGAUGAGUGUAACAACCAGCCUCCAGUUUAUUACACCUAUAAGUCUGUGGUUCAUGCUGCUUCAGAAUUAUCAAAUUUUCUACUAUUACACUGUGACUUUCAAGGAAUUCGGGAAGUUGGUCUCUACUGCCAUCCUGGUAUUAACUUACCCUCUUGGAUUUUAGGAAUUCUCCAAGUCCCUGCUGCUUAUGCUCCUAUUGAUCCAGAUGCACCACCAGUGUUGUCAACUCAUUUUAUGAAAAAAUGUAAUCUAAGUUAUAUUCUUGUUGACAAACAGCAAAUUAAUAAAUUCAAAUCUUCCUAUGAAACAUUAUUGAAUUACGAUGCACUUACAGAACAUACUGACUUAGUACUCUUCAGGCUUCACUGGGAAAAUGUUGCAGUCAGUUUGAUGCUAAAUGACAGAAAACAGAAAUAUGAAGAAGGAAAAAUGACAAACAGCACAAAUUCUGAGAACAAUGAAGAAAAGUCAGAAGAGCACAUGGAUGUGAGGCUAAACCAUUGCUUAGCCUAUGUUCUCCAUACAUCAGGCACUACGGGGAUACCUAAGAUUGUCAGAGUCCCUCAUGCAUGUAUAUUGCCAAACAUCCAACAUUUUCGGCUACUUUUCGAGAUCACACAAGAAGAUGUUUUGUUUCUGGCCUCACCUCUGACCUUUGAUCCCUCCGUUGUGGAAAUAUUUGUUGCUCUAUCCAGUGGUGCCUGUCUGCUUAUUGUACCAGCUUCUGUCAAAGUGCUUCCAUCAAAGUUAGCUGCCGUUCUCUUUUCACAUCACAGAGUAACUAUUUUGCAGGCAACACCAACAUUGCUUCGAAGAUUUGGAUCUCAGCUUAUCAAGUCAACUGUUUUAUCAGCCAGUACUUCUCUUCGAGUAUUAGCCCUCGGUGGUGAAGCAUUUCCAUCAUUGGCUGUUCUCAAAAGCUGGAGAGGAGUAGGCAAUAAAACACAAAUAUUUAAUAUUUAUGGUAUCACAGAGGUAUCAAGUUGGGCAACUUUUUACAAGAUUCCAGAGAAGUUUCUUAACUCUACUUUGAAAUGUGAAUUGCCUGUACCACUGGGAUUUCCACUGCUUGGAACAGUAGUUGAAGUCAGAGAUACUAAUGGUUUCACAAUUCAAGAAGGCAAUGGCCAAGUAUUUUUAGGUGGCAAAAACAGAGUGUGUUUUCUUGAUGAUGAAAUGAUAGUACCGCUUGGCACAAUGCGAGCCACGGGAGAUUUGGUGAUGGUGAAAGAUGGAGAGAUGUUUUUCCUGGGACGAAAGGACAGUCAGAUCAAACGAUAUGGCAAACGUCUUAACAUUGAAUUUGUGCAACAAGUUGCUGAAGGACUUCAGCAAGUAGAGUCCUGUGCAGUUACAUGGUAUAAUCAGGAAAAAUUAAUUCUGUUCAUGGUGUCCAAAAAUGAUGUAGUAAAGGAAUACAUCUUUAAAGAACUGCAGGAACAUCUUCCAAGCCAUGCCAUCCCGGAUGAACUUGUGUUGAUUGAUUCUCUACCAUUUACAUCUCAUGGCAAAAUUGAUGUUUCUGAGUUAAACAAGAUAUAUUUAAACUAUAUAAACUUGAAGUCUGAGUGUAAACUCAAUGGAAAAGAGGAACUUUGGGAAAAAUUACAGCAUUUGUGGAAGUCUAUUCUGAGUCUCUCAGAACAUCCUUUGAAGGUUCCUGAUGAGUCACUCUUCCUAAAUAGUGGUGGAGAUUCCUUAAAGUCCAUACGGCUCCUCAAUGAGAUUGAAAAACUAGUUGGCACAUCAAUACCUGGGCUUCUGGAAAUUAUUCUUAGCAGUUCCAUUUUAGAGAUUUACAAUCACGUCCUUCAAACGGUGUUUCCAGAUGAAGAUCUGCUGUAUAGCAAGAAUUAUGCCAUGAAAAGAAAAUUCAGCGAUAUUAAUCAAGAGGAAAUCAGUGGAAAAUCUUUACCUCAGAAAUCUGUCCUGACUUUAAGUUGUGACAAUGAGCUAGCUGCUUUUAUUGCAGUGAGCAGAGGGAGUCAGAUUUUGUCUCUGAAUUCGGAGUUUUUAACUAAGUUAGGACUUGGCUCUUCAGCCCGUUCUUCCGAUUUAAUUUCACAGACUAACAUUCAGAAUGUGACAAGCCUAAAUCCUUCAGCUCUUACUGGGAAGUCAAAAGAUCCAUCCUGUGUUGCAGAAGUUUCUCACGAGGGAACAUCUGUGAUAGAAGCCAAGAAAAUGGAGCUUCAUGUGAGGUGGAGGACGGACACAGGCAAAUGUGUGGAUGCUUCCCCUCUGGUUGUCAUCUCCACUCCUGCUAAGUCCUCUGUAACUGUGUACAUUGGCUCCCAUUCCCACAGAAUGAUGGCAGUUGACCUUUACUCUGGGAAGGUGAAAUGGGAACAGAUUUUGGGAGGUCGAAUUGAAUCCUCAGCAUGUGUAUCUAAGUGUGGAAACUUUAUUGUAGUGGGCUGUUAUAAUGGGUUAGUUUAUGUUCUGAAAAGUAAUAGUGGAGAAGAAUACUGGAUGUUUACUACCAAGGAUGCUGUCAAAAGCUCAGCAACCAUGGAUCCAACCACAGGACUCCUUUACAUUGGAUCUCAUGACCAGCAUGCAUAUGCUUUAGAUAUUUAUAAAAAGAAGUGUGUUUGGAAGUUAAAAUGUGGAGGAACUGUCUUUUCAUCCCCUUGUUUGAGCCUGAUACCACAUCAUUUAUAUGUGGCUACACUGGGAGGCCUGUUACUGGCUAUAAAUCCUGCCACUGGGAACACAGUUUGGAAACAUUCCUGUGGAAAACCACUCUUUUCUUCUCCACGGUGUUGCCUACAGUAUAUUUGUAUUGGGUGUGUAGAUGGAAAUUUACUCUGCUUUACUCACUUUGGAGAACAGGUUUGGCAGUUCUCUACCAGUGAACCAAUUUUUUCAUCCCCAUGUACCUCAGCAUCAGAGCAAGAAAUAUUUUUUGGUUCCCAUGAUUGCUUUAUCUACUGUUGUAAUAUGAAAGGUCACCUCCAGUGGAAAUUUGAAACUACUUCCCAGGUGUAUGCGACACCGUUUGCUUUCUGUUACCAAGAUUGUAGCAAUGAAAUGUUGCUGGCAGCAGCAUCUACUGAUGGGAAACUGUGGAUCUUGGAAUCUAAGAGUGGACGAUUGCAAAGUGUGUAUGAACUUCCUGGACAAGUCUUUUCUUCUCCUGUGGUCUGGGAAUCAAUGCUUCUCAUUGGAUGUAGAAAUAAUUAUGUUUAUUGUCUGGAUUUGCUGGGUGGACAUCAAAUAUAAUCAAGUACAGUCCUUAUUCGAUUAUCUGAGAUAUCUGAAAAUAUUUUAUCGUUACAGAACAUUUGGAUUAGUCUUAUUUUAUACUAAAGAUUAUUUUUGCUUAAGAAACUUGUCUAUGACACUUUAUUGGAGAAUGAUCAUAUUUUACUUCCUAUAGCGGAACAAAUGCUUUUAAAAGGAAUUAUAGAACAAAAACAUCAAUUUAUUUAGUAGCACUCUUUGAAUUAGGCUAUGGAUAUUUUACUUUGGGCUUUUUUCUUUUUUUUAUAGACUUCUGUGAAAAAGAAGAUCAGAGUUUACUUGGUGGGUUAAAAACUCAGUCCAUGAUGUAAUACACCAUUUACUUAUUUACAGUGAGAUCUAUUAACGCAAGGUUUUCAGAGGUAGGAUGUUUUUUAUUAAAUUAGGUUCCUUAUUUAGUAUGUUUAAGUGAACAAAAUACCAGUAUUGAACUAUAUCUAUGUAUAUAUUUAUCUGUCUUCCUAUAAUAGUUUCUUUGAUUUAUCCUCUUUUUUCCAUUUUUGAUAUACAAAUCUUGAUGAAUAUUUUUGUGUCUGUAUUUCUCUAUUAGAUUUUGUGAUUGUAUGUCCUUUUUUCACUGGCUUGGAGGUAGGAAACACAACAAAAACCAGGAAAGAAAAAACUCUAUGUACUUUUAAGUGUCCUGAUUCUCUUAAUGUGUAUGGUUUGGGGCUGGACCUGCUUCUCCAGUGCCAUAGACCUUUGCUUAUACCUGCAUUUGCUUGGUAUGAAGGUGCCCCUGGUGAAUUAUAGCUCCUCCUGGGAGCCAGGCCCUGUAUGCGGUCUCCUCUUGCACCUGGGCUUGGUCCAUGAUUUGCUUUAACCAAUAGAAUGCAGUGGAGGUGACACUAAUGUCACUUCUGAGCCCAAGAUUUAAGAAGGGCUGGGCACUUCUGCUCUCAUGGGAUCCCAGAGCUGCCACAUGAGAAGUCUGGCAGCUAGACGGAGAGGCCAUGUCGUGAGGGAAUGGCCCUGAUGUUUACUAAGAAAACCAAGGAAGCCAGAGAACCAAGGACAGGUGAAGCCCCACACAUGUGGCCCCCAGCAUUCCAGCCAGCCCCCAGCUAUUCAGGCCAUUCUGGUGCCAGACAUUGAAUUUCUCACCCAUAGAAUCCUGAGAAAUAAUAAAAUGGCAGUUGUUUUAAGCCACUAAGUUUUAGGGUAGUAUGUUAGAGUAGGGAGUUUUAGGUGGUAGCAGCAGGGAUCACUGGAGCAGAAGUUACGUCAUCUUCUUUUCCAUGUCACUUAAAUUACUCAGAUGAAAAAAUGUCUCAAUUUUCCUUGAAAUUUCACGAUAUAAUAGCUCAGGUAAUAAAGCAGCUUUUUUUUUGCUAUGGUACUAUGAAUUUAGCCACUAGUGGUAGUAAUAAGAACUAUUUAGGGCAUAUUACAUCCCAGACACUUGUGCUCAGGCACUUAAUAAAGUAACAAAAAUGUAUCCUGUUGUUCACCUUCCCUUUUCUACAGUCAACUGUGGUAUCAUUUAACUGGUCCAUUUAUUCAUCAGUAAAGUCUCAAAUAUCAGACAUGCCAGAGUCCUUGGCUGCAAGCUAUAGAAGUCAACUUAGGCUAUUUUAAGCAGAAAAGAAUUUUUAAAAAGAAUAUUGAAUAGCUUGGAGAUUUGCAACAAGGGCUAGAGCUAUACAGCCAGGAACAAUGAAUGCCUGAAAUCAGCAUGACUGUGGCCUGGAGAAGACACAGCUGCUGUUCUUGAACCUCUAAAUGCUCAGACCACUAAUGCUAGAUACACAGUUACCCACCACUGUAAGACUUCCUCAUUGAUUUCAACUGGGAGACAAAUUCAGAGUCUCUUCCAAUUUUAAGUGAAACAGGUUCCAUGCCCCUGAUAGAGUACAAGAGCACAUAUCAGGCAUUUCAUCUUUGGUGGUGGGAGGUGAGUGCAAGACCCAUGAGUUGGGAGAUUUCCCCAAACCUAGAGUGGGGAUUGAGGUACAGACUGGUCAAAAAGAACAACAUCUCUUCUGCCAAGUUUUAGAUCAGUGCUUCUUAAAUCUUUUUUUUUUUUUUUUUUU